AUGAACAGAACUUCAGCCCGCGUGGUACCAUUGUUUGCGUCUCUGAGCCCACUGAGAAUCACUGGCCUGGUUGCGUGCCUUGGUGUGUUCACUGCGUACUGUUUUGAUGCUCGUUCUUCGAUCCACGAGAAGCUAUUCUGUCCUAUCAUCAGGGCCGUCACGGAUGCGGAGCAAGGACAUCUCCUGGGUAUUUGGCUCAUGAAGAACGGGUUGGCGCCACGCUUGUUUGUUGACAAGGACGACCCUGUUUUGAAGGUGAAUGUCUUUGGCAAGGAGAUGACGAACCCAAUCGGUGUUGCUGCCGGUUUGGAUAAGCACGGAGAAGCCAUCGACUCGUUAUUCGGUUCUGGCUUCGGCUACGUUGAGAUCGGGUCCAUCACCCCAUUGCCACAGCCUGGUAACCCAAAGCCGAGAUUCUUCAGAUUACCUGAAGAUGAUGCUGUUAUCAACAGAUACGGAUUCAACUCUGAAGGCCACGACUCAGUUGCUGCUCGACUGGAAAAGAGAAGAGAGAAGUUGACUGGCCAAGGUGCUCCAACGGAUAACUUGUCGUUGAAGGCCAACAAACUGUUGGCCAUCAAUCUGGGAAAGAAUAAGACUGGUGAUGAGAUUGAGGAUUACACCAAGGGUGUUGAUCAAUUCAACAAAUUCGCCGAUGUCUUGGUGAUUAACGUGUCGUCGCCAAACACACCAGGGUUGAGAAACUUGCAAGGUGAAGAGAAGCUUACAAACUUGCUCAAGUCUGUUGUGUCUCAGCGUGAUGCCCUGGUGUCCAAAGAUGGUAAGACAACCCCAAUCUUGGUUAAAGUGGCACCUGACCUCGACGAACAAGAAAUUGCAUCCAUCGUCAAGUCUGCACAGAAGUCUAAAGUCAACGGUAUCAUCAUCUCAAACACAACAAUCCAAAGACCAGAGACAUUGAAGUCCUCACCAGAGUUGACAAAGGAAGCUGGUGGGUUGUCUGGUGCCCCUGUUAAACCAUUGGCAUUGAAGGCUCUCAGAACUGCUGCCAAAUACGCCAAGGGAACAGGCUUGACCCUGGUUGGCUGUGGAGGUAUCUCUACAGGUAAGGAUGCCUUGGAAUUCGGUAAAGCUGGUGCUACGUAUGUUGAGUUGUAUACAAGCUUUGCAUACAAAGGCCCAGGCUUAGUUUCCAAGAUCAAAGAUGAAUUGACCGAGGAAUUAAAGAAAGAAGGAAAGACCUGGGAGCAGAUCAUCGGAAGUGAUAUCCAGUGAGUCACCAUUUCAUAUAUAAAGUAGAGUACAGACCUAAAUAAUGCUUCAAGUUAACCGUUUAAAAUCCUUC